AUGAAGAGGAGGAGUCGACAAAACAUCCAGCAGAGAAUCCAGGACAGAGAGAAAGAUGUGACGGUGCUUCAGCAGGAGGUGGAGGCUAUCAAUCACUCUGCUGAUGAAGCAGUGGAGGACAGUGAGAAGAUCUUCACCGAGCUGAUCCGUCUCAUGGAGAAAAGACGCUCUGAUGUGAAGCAGCAGGUCAGAUCCCAGCAGGAAACUGAAGUGAGUCGAGUCAAAGAGCUUCAGGAGAAGCUGGAGCAGGAGAUCACUGAGCUGAAGAGGAAAGACGCUGAGCUGAAGCAGCUCUCACACACAGAGGAUCACAACCAGUUUCUACACAACUACCCCUCAGUGUCAGCACUCAGUGAAUCUACAGACUCAUCCAGCAUCAAGAAACGUCCUCUGCGCUACUUUGAGGAUGUGACAGCGGCUGUGUCAGAAGUCAGAGAUAAACUACAGGACGCGCUGAGUGAGAAAUGGACAAACAUCUCACUGACAGGGAGAAAAGUGGAUGUUUUACUGCCACAACCAGAGCCCAAGACCAGAGCUGAGUUCUUAAAAUAUUCACAUGAAAUAACACUGGACCCAAACACAGCACACACGUAUCUGUUAUUAUCUAAAGGGAACAGAAAAGCAACAAUAAUCACACAAGAACAGUCUUAUUCUAGUGACCGAGGGAGAUUCGCUCAUUGGUGUCAGGUCCUGAGUAGAGAGAGUCUGACUGGACGUUGUUACUGGGAGGUGAAGUGGAGGGAAGAAGGAGUUUAUGUAGCAGUCGCAUACAAGAAUAUCAGCAGAGAUGGGAGGUCAAUUGAAUGUAGAUUUGGAAACAAUGACAAAUCUUGGGCAUUAAGAUAUGACAAAAACGGUGAUAAAUUUUGGUACAACAAUGUCCAAACUCCCGUCUCAGGUCCUCGGUCCUCCAGAGUAGGAGUGUACCUGGAUCACAGUGCAGGUAUUCUGUCCUUCUACAGCGUCUCUGAAACCAUGACUCUCCUCCACAGAGUCCAGACCACAUUCACUCAGCCUCUCUAUGCUGGACUUUCAUUUCCUUAUACUUGUGGAAACACUGCUGAGUUCUGUAAACUGAAAUAGUCAGAAGUCAUCUAAGGGACAGAGGGUUAAAAUCUGUUUUAAUCCUUAAACUUAUUUUCUCUUCAUGUUUGUUGCUGAGAGCUGAUUGUUGUGGCAUUUCGUCACUGCACAGAGAUCACCUGUGAUAGUAAACUAAUGAAAACAUACUCAUGAAUGUUAUAUUUAAUUUCUGCCAUAUUCUGUAAAUAGAUGCUGCUAAAUGUUAAACACUGGACUUUGAGAGCCAUCUUAUAGUGUGGUUUGAGCCACCUUAGCUUGCUGUGAGUAGGUAAAUGUGAGUAGAACAGUUUUGAUUUGGUUUGAAUGGGUUUGUUUGUAGUGGUGCUUUAUUCAUAAUGUGCUUCAUAUUUUGUGACAAUUUCAUCUUUUUAUGCAUAACUCUACACUUGCCUCCCUGGUAGUGCAGUCUUUAUAAAAUAAACAAUAUGGGGUAUUGUUUAUUUUAUUGAUUUAAUGUUUGAUUAUUAACUGUACAAUCCCUUAUUAUGGCCUGCAUUUAGAAACUCCCUUGAUGCAAGUUGAAUAGUCUUUUAUUUCAUGCAUUGUAAAUAAAAUCCAAAUAUUGGUACAGUAA